UGACCCGGAAGUCUUCAGCCUGCUACGUCACAUCCGGGUUACUUCUCUGUCAUGUUUUGCUUCUGCUGUUUCUCAUUUUAGUUUCAAAUUCAGUUUGAUUUUCAGCUCAAUUAUCUCCAGCCGUCAUGUCUCGGGGUUCAAGCGCAGGUUUUGACCGUCAUAUAACCAUCUUUUCCCCGGAAGGAAGACUUUACCAAGUCGAGUAUGCCUUCAAAGCCAUCAACCAAGGAGGACUGACAUCUGUAGCGGUCAGAGGGAAAGACUGUGUUGUGGCCGUCACACAAAAGAAAGUCCCAGACAAGCUGCUGGAUGCUUUGACAGUCACACAUCUGUUUAGAAUUACAGAGAACAUUGGCUGUGUUAUGACCGGCAUGACUGCUGACAGCAGGUCUCAGGUGCAGAGGGCACGGUAUGAAGCAGCUAACUGGAUGUAUAAGUACGGCUAUGAGAUCCCUGUGGACAUGUUGUGCAAACGCAUGGCGGAUAUCUCCCAAGUCUACACCCAAAACGCUGAGAUGAGGCCGCUCGGCUGCUGUAUGGUAGUGAUUGGACUGGAUGAAGAGUUGGGCCCUCAGCUGUACAAGUGUGAUCCAGCCGGUUACUACUGUGGCUUUAAGGCCACAGCAGCAGGAGUCAAACAGACUGAGGCAACCAGCUUCCUGGAGAAGAAAGUGAAGAAGAAGCUGGACUGGACAUAUGAGCAGACUAUAGAGACGGCUAUCUCAUGUCUGUCCACCGUUCUGUCCAUCGACUUCAAGCCCUCAGAGCUGGAGGUGGGAGUCAUCACGACAAAGGGAUCCAAAUUCAAGAUUCUGACAGAGGCUGAGAUUGAUGUUCACCUGGUGGCUUUGUCUGAGAGAGAGUAAAGAAAACUGGAGGAUGAUGAAACCUGCAACACAAGUAUCCCCCCCCCUCAACAUUAAGGUAUCAGCUGUUCAGAAGAGGCGAGACCACAAGAGAAACAUGAACAAUAAAAACAUUUUGGUCCUUUUUACCAGGCGACACUAGCACUUACCACUCAUCCAUCCUCUGUGGUCAGAGCCAGGAUCUGACUGGAUGCUAUUACGCCCUCAUUGUUCCCUCCUGCACUUUGCCUUGUUCCCAAAUGAGGAAGAUGCUGGACAUUCAAAACAACAAUAUACACAUUAGUCCAAUGUGCUCCUUGGUUACAGUGCCAUCAUAAAUGGAGCUAAACUACAGCACAGUACCUCUUUGUACCUCCUUCUCAGCAUGGACUCUGUGGUCCUGCAGCUUCUUGAGUCACUGUAUUUCAACAGUGCUUCCAAUCUUCACUCAGGGCUGACACGGCGCGUACUUCUCAUUUAGUUUCCUGCUUUAUCCUCUCUCUCUCUCUCUCUCUCUCUCUCUCUCUCUCUCUCUCUCUCUCUCUCUCUCUCUCUCUCUCUCUCUCUCUCUCUCUCUCUCUCUCUCUCUCUCUCUCUCUCUCUCUCUCUCUCUCUCUCUCUCUCUCUCUCUCAUGUCUUUGAUCCAGGGUAAUGUUUACGCUCUGAUGUGCUUUGCGAGAACUCAAAGGAGCAGCAGAGGGAAUUCUACAAUUACGACAGACAUCACUGUUAUUAUCGUACUCCUGUGGAAGUCAGCUCAGGUCAUCAAUAAGGAGUCUCUUAACUUUUACUUCUCUCCUUCGUGUGAUCGGAUCCUCUUCCUCUCUUCAGCAGCUGUACAUAACUGCACUUCUAUUAAACACAAUGUUUUUAUUGAACCCUCAAA